GCUAAAGUCGAGCAUGUCCGUAUUCCGGGGCGAUAGUCGUCAGAGCCGGCUGGUGGCAAGCAACGCGGCUAGUUGGCCACUUGUAUCCUGCGUGUAUCCUGCGUGUAUCUCGCUUGUAUCUAUGAAUUACAUAUACUGCUUGUCUGCACGACGCCGCACGUCGCCGCAACGAGUCUCCUGAACCAUUGAUCUUCUCGAGAUGCCUGUGUACCUCUGUAGGUCAGUGAGGGCCUCGGGGCACCUGGCUGGAGGCUUGGAGCCGAUGGCAGAUGAGUGCCAAGCCCGCCAGCCUAACAGCAGCCAGUUGGAUUGGCCCCAAAGUCAACGAGCGAACUGGCUGCGGCAUCCGCUCGCGUCCGGCGGCAUGCGCCGCAUCAAAGCCUGCGAGUGAGAGGCGAGGCUUUCGCCCCCCUUUCCCACCCCAUCUCUCUGACGGCCAUCCAGAGCACUUCAUUUCGCAACCGCCGGCUGCCUUCCCCUCCCAAAACCAGGCCAAGGCGGGAGCCCACUUGGAUCCGGGGCACAGCCUAUCACGAAGGGCUGCUGCUGAGAAAGCGGCCAAUCCCUUUUUUUUUUCUCGCACUGAGAUGAUGGGCUGACUGACGCGGCGCGUGGUGCCCAAGGUAGCACUCCGUACAGCCGCGCCGGAACCGAGAGAGCUCCAUCGUCCGACUUACCCCAAGCGAAGUGGUCGACACAGGCGGCUGUCUGCUGAAAUUGCAACGCUAGAUCUGGUGAUUUUGCGACA